AUGGCUACCCUCCUUCCCAUGCAAUCGUCGUUCCCUUCCUUCAUCCAAGCGUGCUCCAAGCUCCUCAUGGACGAAAUCUCCGCCAACAAACGCGCCCGCCUCGACACGCGUCCUGAGGCCACCGCCACUGCUCUCGCCGUCGGACACACCCCUGGCAGCGCUCUUGCCGACCAGAGCCCCUCAGGCGAUCGCUCCUCCACCGACCGGGGCAAGAGCCCCACCGCCUCUCCUGCCGGCGAGAGCGACAGAGGAGGCCGCGGCCGUGGACGCGGCCGCGGCUCCACUGCUGGACGCGGCACACCACCACCAGGACCUGCAGCACUGCCAGCUGGCUUCUUCGCCCCCUACGGCGCCCUCCUCCCCAACGUGCUCGGCGCCCGCCCGCCCUGGGCGGCCCCCAACGCCGCCGGUGUACUCGGUCCUCGCCCGCCACCGUCCCAUCAGGCCUACCCCAUGGCCGCUCGUCCCACUCCCGGCCACGGGCCGUCCUGGGAAAAGUACCACCAGCUGUAUACGGCGCUCCAAAACUUGAUGCUCAAGCAACAGCACGCCGGCGGCACGCCGGACUGGUUCCUUGACACAGGCGCCACAUCGCACGUUGCAGGACCUAGCCACGGGGAGAGUGAUCAUGAGAUCAAGUAG